AUGGCCCGCCUCACGGAGAGCGAGGCGCGCCGGCAGCAGCAGCAGCUCCUGCAGCCGCGGCCCUCGCCGGUGGGCAGCAGCGGGCCCGAGCCCCCCGGGGGGCAGCCCGACGGCAUGAAGGACCUGGACGCCAUCAAGCUCUUCGUGGGCCAGAUCCCACGCAACCUGGACGAGAAGGACCUCAAGCCGCUAUUCGAGCAGUUCGGCCGCAUUUAUGAGCUCACGGUGCUCAAAGACCCUUACACGGGCAUGCACAAAGGCUGUGCCUUCCUCACUUACUGUGCCAGGGACUCUGCCAUCAAAGCUCAGACUGCUCUGCACGAACAGAAGACCUUGCCCGGGAUGGCACGGCCAAUCCAGGUGAAGCCUGCGGACAGCGAAAGUCGUGGAGGUAGGGACCGGAAGCUGUUUGUGGGGAUGCUGAACAAGCAGCAAUCAGAGGAGGACGUGCUGCGGCUGUUCCAGCCCUUCGGGGUCAUAGACGAGUGCACGGUGCUCCGGGGGCCUGAUGGCAGCAGCAAAGGCUGUGCCUUCGUGAAGUUCUCCUCCCACACGGAGGCUCAGGCGGCCAUCCACGCCCUGCAUGGCAGCCAGACCAUGCCGGGUGCCUCCUCCAGCCUGGUGGUCAAGUUUGCCGACACAGACAAGGAGCGAACACUACGGCGCAUGCAGCAGAUGGUGGGCCAGCUGGGCAUCCUGACACCAUCCCUCACCCUGCCCUUCAGCCCCUACAGUGCCUAUGCGCAGGCCCUCAUGCAGCAGCAGACAACGGUCCUGUCCACCUCAGGCAGCUACCUGAGCCCUGGCGUGGCCUUCUCACCCUGCCACAUCCAGCAGAUCGGCGCUGUCAGCCUUAACGGGCUGCCUGCCACACCCAUCGCCCCUGCCUCUGGGCUGCACUCCCCGCCACUACUCAGCACUGCCGCCGUGCCCGGCCUCAUGGCUCCCAUCACCAACAGCUUUGCAGGUGUCGUGCCCUUCCCUGGCGGGCACCCUGCCCUAGAGACUGUAUAUGCCAAUGGCCUCAUGCCCUACCCAGCUCAGAGCCCGACCAUGGCUGAGACCCUCCAUCCUGCCUUCUCCGGAGUCCAGCAGUACACAGCCAUGUACCCUACCGCGGCCAUCGCGCCCAUCGCGCACAGCAUCCCGCAGCCGCCGCCGCUCCUGCAGCAGCAGCAGCAGCGAGAAGGUCCCGAAGGCUGUAACCUGUUUAUCUACCACCUCCCCCAGGAGUUUGGAGACACGGAGCUGACGCAGAUGUUCCUGCCCUUCGGCAAUAUCAUCUCCUCCAAGGUGUUUAUGGAUCGGGCCACCAACCAGAGCAAAUGUUUUGGCUUCGUGAGCUUUGACAACCCGGCCAGCGCGCAGACUGCCAUCCAGGCCAUGAAUGGCUUUCAGAUUGGCAUGAAGAGGCUGAAAGUGCAGCUGAAGCGGCCCAAAGAUCCGGGACACCCCUACUGACCACGCCCACAGCCGCCCGGAGGCUGUGGGCUUGGCCCAGGUGAGGGGCCUUCCACCCCAGGAGGGUUUCCCCCGCUUCCAACUGAUCCAGGACUUUUCCGUAAAUUACAACCGAGUUUGGACACCAGCCCUCCCUCUCCUCUCCUGUCUCCCCUUAGCCCUCUUCCCAAAAUGUGAAGCGCUGCCGGGGAGGGCGGGGGCUGAGGAGUUCACCACUUCCUCCUGGGAGAUUUCCUGGCUCCUCACUCCCCACAACCUUGGUGGCUUCCCCAAACGAAAUCACCACUUUUUCUAUAUAUAUAUAUGCAUAUAUAUAGAGAGAGCUAUAGACAGUAUAUAUAUUUUUUGAGUGUAGAUCAUGGGACCAAACUUUUCUGACUUCCUUCCACCCAAGAGAAGGUGACCCUAGGCUGGUCACUCAGCAGGGACAUAAGAAGGGCUGAGGCUGGCCGGACAGCCCCGUGUCUCCUCACCUCCCGGCUGUAUUGUCAGACCAGGGUGCCAGAGAAGCACUGGGAGUCAUCAGCCACCCGAUAUACCUCCAGGACUUUUGGCCGCUGCCACCGACGAUUCUCUCGGGCCUAUGGGCUCAGCCGGCUUGAGUGUCCCUGGUCCUAGCUGCAGCUUCCGGGACCCCGAACUUCCCUCCCUUGUCCCAGGGCCCCGCCUUCCCCAGCACAAAAGAGAGCCCCUGGCCUCCCCCAGCCCUCUCCCCCAGUCAUAGCCUUACUCAUGUGACCAAUAGCCCUUAGCUUUCCGUCAGGGGUAGAUGGGGUCGGUGGGAGCCCCUCUCCUCCUACCCCUCCCAAGGGCAGGCAGCCAGCCCUCCCUGCCUUCGGAUCACCAGCCUGGAAUUCACGGUCUCAUAACCAAGAUUGCCACGCUCGUUGGACGAACCCAACCUGCACUGGCCAAGCACCCCUUUGCCGAAGAUACCUCUUCAAAGAAUUUUUUUUAAUGUUGAUCUUUCUGAGCAGGUACAAAGAAGAAAAGAGAAGAAAAAUGGGGGUGGGGGGAAUCAAGCAAUGGAUUUUUGUUUCCUAGCUGGGGCUGGGAGGGAGAUCCUGUGGGGUGCCUCUGCAUACCUACCCAAACCAUGGAAACCCACCUUGAAGCACAGAGUCAAGUUCGUUUGGUCGUCCAGUGGAGCCUAUUGCCAAACGAGGUACCAGAGAACUUAAUAAGCUCAAGAAAAAUAAUUUUUGGAAAAAAAACAAAACCCACAGCAUCCCCUUUUGUUUCUACCAAAAUGUGUUGACCAACCCAGAAAAGAAAAAAAAAAAGAAAAGAAAAACACAUAGUAAAAAAAAAAAAAAAAGGAAAAGAAAAAAAAA